AUGCAAGACUACGGCCAGAAAUCCUUUCUGCAGCCCUUGAAGCCGCAGGAGGCUUGUUCCUCUGUAAGGGUUUUCCAGAUAUUCAAAGGACGAAUUGAAGCUGUGACGGCGCCCGCAACUCCGCUGGUGGGGUAAUCUGCCCUUAAAGCUAUUUAAAACAUACUUUUUGGAAUACGAGCAGCAAAAUCACCCAUCAAGUCAUCAAAGUUCGUUUUCUUCCCCGAGGAUGCGUGCAUAUGGUACUUGAAAGUCCCUAAUGCGUGCUUGCCUUUUAUUGCAACCUCCUCUCUCUCACACCGCGGCUGCUUUUGUCUCCUGUGGUUCUGGUUCCCGAAUCCAGCCUAUCUGCGCAGUGUCAUCGUCCGCGAAAAAGUAAAUUCGAAAUAAAUGUUUUUUACCAAGUACGGUUUGUACAGAAAAUUAAAAGAUAGAGCAUUCAAAAGUUGACAUCGUGACGGGUCCGAAAUAUAUUAGGACUGUGUCCCAUGAUAAUGAAUGUUUCAACCAAAUUUAAGUAAACCUUCCUAGUCGAAAACACAUUUCAGGAUUUUAGCCAGCACUUCAUGAGAUCGGUUACUCAAUGUACGCCUGGUUUUACCGAUUUGGAGGUGACGAUCCCAAAUCCUCUCAGGAUAAUCAGAGACGGCAGUGUUAGAAAUGGGCCGGCAAACAUCUAGGGCAAUGUGCUACGACUAAAGGUGUCAUCAUGAGAGAUACCAGAAAUUCAGCGCGAUUCCAUUGUUCCAAAUGAACUAUGAAAACUGUACUUGAUCUACUUACACUAAUUAUUAUUUCAGUUGACUGCUGGAUGCAGAACACGGCUUUAUUUGUCGUCUUUACUGUUUUGUGUUUAAUUAGGAGGCUUAAAUAUAAGGCAUGUUGGGAUUACCUACAGUGCACGAUUUUUGACAAAUAACAUUCCUCAAGUGACCACCCAUUUUUGGAAUGUUAAACGUCUACAGUAGGACUGGAACGCGCGACAAAAAGGGUAUGACUCCCAUACAGCCAGCCCCAUAAUAAUUUGUGUUAUGCAACCCCGCCGAGAUCAUUGAAUGCUGGUCAUGAAAAAAUCUUACCUUGUCUGACGCGAGGACGAAUCCUAGCAAGCGCGUCCAGUUUUUCACAAUUAGAUAGUUAAUUAAUCAUUUAUGUACUUUAAAGAAACAUUUGUGUGGGUAGGAAUUCCGGGGAGACACAGACAGUCUGGACUAAGCCUUUGGAAUAAUUUUUCUUGGAGUAGUCAGCAAUACCCUAACGACGGGCCAGGAAACAUGGGCUUUAAACCCCGAUCAGUUGCCUACUUUUCCGCUAAUAUGUCUCACUCAAAACUGUUCUUGUCAAAAAUCGGGUGCAAAACGAAGAGUUGUUUAUCUCAGGGACAGGACAAAAUAUCGGACCUGAUCGAUAAUGCCAAUUCGGUGAACCAGUCUGGGUUGUGUUCUGUACUCCCUCUAAGGCGAAAGGGUGGCGAAUUUUUCCUCAGCCAACAAUUAAAAAUAUGCCAAAUGGAUUUCCUAUUUCACGCGUACGAGACUGUAAUGCAUUUGUGUGAGCCCCGAUACCGGGACGCGCUGCAGGUGCACUGGACAGAAACCGGGAUCUGAUUGCUUGGCAUGACUGUCGACGCGAGGCCAUUAAUUCUGCUGCACAAGGGGGAUAUUGUGUCACGCAUAGGUGCAGGCCUCACGCCGCGCCAGCUCAAUCCCAGCACAAGAUAACUGACAGUCUCGGACAGUCAACCGGUGCAGUGGAGAGAGCGAGAUCGAUAUUGGGGGAUCUGCCCCACGGCACCUCGGUGCGUUCUUCACUAUAACCGCCUGACGCGCUAAAGGCCUGACUUAAAAGGCCGUCAACUUACGGGAUAAAGUGGUCCUUCGCGGGACUGAAUGCCAGGCUCAACGGGACUUUCUGCAUGUGGCCCUUAUGGCACUCUCACGUGCAUGAGGUCCUAGCCGCCAUCGUGAUACAUUGUGUGGGACCCGGCCGGCUGUUUAGCUUUGUCCGCUGCUGCUCCACACCUCACCUCGGAGCGUCUUAACAUUCUGCCGUCGUCGUGGCGGGAGGGAUGAGCCAGAGGAGAGUGCGGCAGAUGCUGCGCCAGUCCGCUUUUUUACAUGCAAAUCGCCGUCCUUCGCCUACGUUGCUGUGGAGCACUCGAUGGACAUCGCUGUUCCUGACGGUCGAACUGUCGGCGUGCUCGUGUGCAUCACAGUCUGGAUUUUCUUUUUAACGGCAGUCUACGCAGUGACGUCUUCUAAGUCAUUCGCCGCACGCGCACGAAAGACAUUUUUUCAAGUUCUCAGCUGUAUUAAUGUUUACGAAAGUUUAGUGGGUAGCUUUGGGACACUGCAGUGCGCGCCGACAUUCUUAUCUGCUCUCAAGAAGCAAGUUGCCGGGCAGGAGAAGUAAAUGACAGAGUUCACCUUAAACCUAGUUUUUGCACAGCAGGUAGACAAUAACCAAAGUGCCUUCUCUAUUAUCUGUAGGCUCAUUUGGGGCUGGUGCUCACCGAUCUGUAUGGAUUACAGAAAGGUGUUGGCGCAAUCUCAUCCGAAGCAUAAGAAUUGUAUUCGUCUGCUAUGCCAUGAUUCAUCGAACCAUGACCCUCGCAGCCUGGUGUGCGCUGGCAGUUCUCUGACACCUGGUUCCUUGCCAGUAGAUGGGCUUGCGCUCCCGCCGGGCAUACAGAUCGUGAGCAUCGUCUUUCUGACACGUUUUGGUGUUGCUGGUUAAAAUCCUGCUCAAGUGUUUCUCAUGUAGCAGGGGGUGUGGUGAUACGCCUAAGUGCGGGUCCAGCCGUGCCAUCCACCUGCUUCUGCUCUGCCUCCGCGCUUCUUGACUCUGUCUUGACGCCUGGCCGGGGGAGAGAGUGGGGUAGAUGCUGCGUAAGUCGCCGCGCCUGUUUCACCCCUCUGUGGAGCACGCGGUGGUCAUCGCUGGGCACGACGGUCGAACUACUACAUCGGUUAACGAUUAGUAAUGGGGGAUGGGACUGAUAAAUGUAAAAAUGUCUGUUUCUGGUCCAUUUUCUAACUACCAGUUAGUCUAGGUCAGGCCAACUGAUUAGCAGACGGUCGACUCAAAUGCCACGCUGCCUUAGCCACCGGUUCACGCGGAUUUCGGUAGCAACAGACGGAUUUCAAUUGUCUGUAGGUUGUGUUCACCGAUCCAUUAAUCGUGUCAGAUCAUCCUAUCACUCAAGUGCUCAGUGGACGAACUCUUUCACAUAUUAGCUACGUUUGUGUUAUCAAACAGCGGCAGAAACGCCUACCGUUUGUUUGCAGAAGAGCUGUUUGUGCGUUCGUUAAUUAGCUGCGCGCAUGGCCUGUUGUAGCGAUCAUCUUCAAGUUCCAUCUUAGGCCAACAAACCUUACUUCCACUGGCCCUGCCGCCCGUGAAGUCCAACUCCCCUCUCAGCAUACCCAAACUAUCCCUCCCUUCCCCCCUUCAAUCUCGUUCUUCUGUCCUAUCUACUGCCACAGCAAUUGCAUUUUCCCAGCAGGACAUCCGACCUAGUAGGCGGACUGCGGACACAGUAGUGUGCUGUACUUGCCUCCACCCCCCGAAGCUCCAUCUUGCUGCACCGUUCAAAUGGCUUCGCGGAGCAUUAGCACAAAUUACCAUUCGCCAGUGUAGCCCAUUAGAAUUUUACCCAAUGGGCACUUUCACUGAUACUGAAGAAGCGGGGGGGGCUUUAACAAGCAUUGCAAUCGGUACUUAACAUCCCUCUACACUGAGAAUGUGUCCUGAUCGCCAAAAAGGCCCUAACAUUCAGUUGACGACUAUUGCGCAAGCCUUGCCAGUACUCUAUCGUAGAACAGAUUUGUUCGGUUUUCGUUCCAUUAAAAUGCUCUCCAAAGGCUCCACUUAUUUUCUAUGCACCGCUUGACAUGAAAAAGUUCAAUAGGACUAAUUAAACCAUUGUUACAAAGGCCUAAGGAUUGCGUGUCUUUUCAUACGGAAUUCAAGACGACCGCAAGAACUUCAAACGUCGUCACGUUAUGCAGAUGGUCUGGAAGUGUCCUACUAAUUAACAAAAUGACGCUACUCAGAAAGCUGCACGCAUACCCACGAUGUAGCCAAAAAGCACAGGCGAAUCGCCUGGCUAAAGAUAGAUUCGACAAAGAUAAACAUCCGAAAAAUUUGAAGAAUAGAUGUGAUGCCUUCAAGUAAAAGAAGAAGUUUACACUUCCAGGAUUAUGUAAGAGGCGCGACUUUCAAGGCCGGAAAAUCCUUCUUCUCAAGGGAUUUUGCAAUUUUCUGGAAAUGUUUGUUUGUUUAUUUCCUACAGUGAGUGGCCGAUCUCUUUAAAUGUUUGCGAAAAUUCUGAAUUACAUUUACGAUCAGGAAGGAUAACUUAGGUGGGGUUGUAAUACUGAUUGUCUUGCGGCAUAAUCCUAAAAUAUUUCGGACUCGGCAGGACGUCGGCUUUUGACUGCGUUUCUUCCCCAUCUUCUGUAGCAACCGCACUUGGAAAAAAUUGACUAAUUAAGUAGCCUGCACUCUUCACACUGACUUUCCAUGGUCGUAUAAAUUCAAAUAUAUUUUAUAAAAAGCAUUAACAAAGAUAUUCUUUCUUUCGCGUGUUUGUUACAAAAUCGCGUUAAAGUCAUACAUUAUAGUCAAAGAUGGAGUAUGAUAAGGUUUUCAAAAAGUCUUCUAACCCGGAUAAUGUGGAGCGUGAUCAGCCUUUGCAUUAGCGCUUAGUGCUUUCAGUCUACAAGGUACAUUCGUUCCGCGUAAAUAAAAUCAUAUAUUAUUAUAUGUCUUUAGAAAGAUGUUAUAUUGAGUUCAUAACAUUUUGCAAUGUAUACGGACCAUGUUGUACAUUUCAUGAGCAUCAGUGGUAAACGGACAGGUACGAUGCUGCAUGAAUGGACAUUGUGCAGUCCUAAAAAAUCUCAUAAUUGGAAACGUUUUUAAAACGCAAUUAUACUUCUUCUUCGAGUAAAAUAUACGACGCUAAAGUGAUUUUGCCCCAAAGACGCACAGAAAAAAACAUUGUUGUUCAUGUUUUUGCAAACUAUAUUUGAAUUUAUACGACCAUCGAAAAUCAGUGUAAAAAAUACAUGUUUCUUAAAUAGUCAAUUUUUCACAGAACGGUUUCUACAGGGCAUGAGAAGAAAUGCAGUCAAAAGCCGACAUCCUACUGAGUCCGAAAUACUUUAGGAUUAUGCCGCAGGAUAGUCAGUUUUACAACCCAAUCUAAGUUAUCCUUCCUGAUCGAAAAUGCAUUUCAGAAUUUCCGCCAACAUUUUAUGACAUCGGCCACUUAUUGUAAAUUAACGGUAAACCCUUUCAGAACUGUAGGGGAAAGUAACAUUAUAAGCAAGAUCCAACCUUCCCAAAGUUAGAGGUUAUGGUUAGGAGUUAGAGCUGGCGUUCGGGUUAGGGGUUGGGGUUAGGGUAAGGGGUAAGCGCAACUUUUUCUCAAUCACUUAAAGUGCAUGCGCUCAUUCCUAAUAGUUUUACUUUUACAUAUAAUUAUUUGUCGUCGUUUCCUGUGCGAUCCCCCACCCCACUUGUAAAAACUCUUAGUACCUUCAGUCUCAUAUUACAGGUGGCUGGGGUUUGUUUACUUCAGGUGGGGCUACAUAAACAAAUCUUACCCCUUUUUUCUGUAGAAUAGCACAGUGGGCUGUUUCAAACUUGUAGGAAGGAAGUAACAUUAUAUACAAGACCCGAGAUUCCUAAGGCACUCGGAUCAUCACUUCCCAAAAAUUUGAGAGUUUCUUCCGUAAUUUUGCAGUGCAGAUGAGGGGCAAGAACAAAGGGUGCCGAAAUAAAAAUAUUAUAGUCGAUUUGUCGCCGUUAGCACAUCCCAGACCAAUACGAGGCGGGCCUCUAUGAUCUGAGGUCGAACCAGUUGGUCGAUGAGUAGUUUUUUUUAAAUUCAGCAGAUGCGCCAUCUCAUGGAAUGUUAACCGAAAUUUAAAAAUUUGUCUUUAAUUUGAAGAAAUUACCUAAUUUGUGUCAUAUACAAAUUUCCAUACAGUAAAAUCAUAAAAAACUUAGUCAUGUAUGGUGUAGACUUUGGUAGGAGCUUCUUUCCGGACGCUUAAAAAAUUUCCACCUUGUAAAAAAUGACUACAUAAUAAGGGCGUUUUUUCAAUUGAUUUCCAAUAUUUCCGUUUACUCAAUUAUACUUUGUAGAAAGUGCGUGCUAAAAAUUUCCUUUUUGUUUAACUAUGAGACUGUAAAAUGUCUACCCAUUCAGCAUCGUAGCCGUCCAUUUAUUAAUGCUGCUUCUAAUAAGUACAACAUGACUCAGACCCACUGCAAACAUUUAUGGGCCCUGCAUGAGAUCUUCUGAACAAACUACCUAAAUGUGCUUUUUGCAGGAGAGGAGUAUGGCUUGUAGUUUGGAAACCCAUAAGAAAGAUACAACGACAGGUCAGGCUCAAAAUUAUUCAGGAAUUGAGAAAGCCCUUUAAAACCAUGUGGUGUGCUUUUGUUGAGGCACAGAAUUUUAUGAAGACGUGAUUCGCUACCAAAAACUUUAAAAAGGAGUACCUUUCGUAUAAUUUUUUUAACUAUACAUCAUUGAAUAAUGCCAUCGGAAAUCAAUGAGGAUGUUAGUGCUACUUGAGUACUCAUUUUUACGGAGUGUAGUUUCUGCAUACGGCCCGAAAGAGAUUCGUCCAAAAGCCAGCAUCCUGAUGUGGCUGACAUUUCUUUUCACUAGACUGUACGACAUUCAGUCAUACGUCCCACUUAAGUAAUCUUUUUCCAAUCGGAGACAUAGUUUAUGGGAUAGCGCGCGACCUACCAGCCCAUGUCCAGUUGACUUCAACGGCAAUAUGCAACGUCACAUGGUAGAAAUAUUCGGUGAUCUGUCUUGAUUGCAGGGCGGAAACAAGUAGUCCCGUUUUGCCUCGAAGUUCCGGACAUAGACAUCCCGCAGGCGGUCGCAUGGAAACGAAAAUAUAAUAGAUGAAGGGGGUUUCGGACGAAUAAAACGAAGACAAGGACAGGCCUCACUCUCAUCACUCAUCAGUCGGUCCGUACAGUAUCUCGGCUGAUCCCCAGAGUGUUUGCCAGCAAGCAUGUUUGAGUCAGAUGUUCAAUCGCCUGACUUAUGGGGUCAUGUCCUCCCCACUGCCAUCAGUAAAACUCAAAGAUGCAUAUGAACUUGCAGUUUGCAGAUCGGUUUACGCGACCUCCCUGUGCCUAGCAGAAACGUUAAAGAAGGGUUGCACUGCCUUGGCAGAGCACUCAGCAGUAAGCCUAAAAACUCACUAAUAACGAAAAACAUCUGUGCUGCAUGAAAGGGCGCCCUCAGCAAUUCGGACUUUCUCAACCCUCUAAAUUUCAUAGGAUUUCGGUCAAGAAAACUUACCGACUGUUUGUCUUCAUCAGCCUGUUAUCUUUUUCGAAGUGUCCUUAUGAGUUUGCAACCUUUUUGGAGUGAGGUUUUAAGUACAUAUCUGGACUGACUCUGGGGAACGGUGAUCUUCAGCAGGUAAAAAUUACUUGCUCUGAGGCCGGCCCUAAACAUCGACAUUCGGACGAUUACAUAUUUCCUUUUUCAUUAGUCCUGUCAUAAAUGAACAUUCUGCGGCGGUCUGUAAAACGUUUGUGGCAUUCGUUGACCUUUUUUUUCAAUUAAUUAAUACAUGCCUUACCUCUACUCCGUCUAAAACAAUCUACCCUCUAGAAUGAAUCACCAUGCAUCAGGCGUACACUACUGACUGCCUGUUAGCAACGGUCUUUCUGAAGUGGCCGAGGGAUUUCGGCCCAUAUUUUCAUAUCAACUUCUGGGACGACCAUAGAAAGCUUUGUUCCAAAAGACUUACAGCGCGUGACCGAUCUCAUGAAAUGAUGGCGGAAAUUCUGAAACGUGUUUCCGACUAGGAAGGAUUACUUAGGCGGGGUUGUAAUACGGACUAUCUUGCGGCAUAAUUCUAUAAUAUGUCGGACUCGACAGGAUGGCAGCUUUUGAAUGCCCCUAUUUUCAGUCUUCUGUAGAAACCGUACUCGGUAAAAAAUUGACUACUUAAGAGUCACAAAUUUUUCAAAAUUAUUCUUCAAUGGUCUUAAAAAUUCAAAUAGAUUUUAUAAAAGACGAACAAAAGUAUGAUUUAUUUCAAUCGUUCGAUAGUGAAUCACGUCAAUUUUAUAUUUUAUAAUCUAAGAUGGGAUAUAGUAAGGUUUUAGAAAAGUUUGUAAUUAUGAGAUUCUUUAGGACCGUUCAUUGUUCAUUCAUACUGAAUUAUUAUAGAAUUAUGCUACUCGAUGAUUAGUUCUCCAACUCCACUUAAACAAUCUUUUUGAACCCAAAACGCAUUUUAGAAUUUCGAUUGACAUUUCAUGAGUUAGCCGACCUUCUGUAUUUCAGCCGGCCCCUUGGUUAACUGGGAAUUAAAAAACUGGAGAUUAAGGGAUGCUUUCGAUUUCGUGUUGUUGAGCACAUUAUGAACAGAUUAUUUGCUUAAUGUUGUAAUACGAAAUGUCAUUAGGUGAUAGUAGUCGGCUACCCCGGAUUUCAUCUAAUGUUACCCGAAAACUUAAAACAGAAAUGUCCUAAUAACUUUGUGAACUUUGCAGUUCAUUUGCGUGAAUAUGCCUGAGGUCUAUCCACACGCAUAUAUUUGUACAUAUGCGCUUAAUCUACAACUGGGCGGUACCUCUGUAUCUCAGCCGAAACAGCUUCCUAGUCUGACGAAUACCCCUAUUCCCUACGUCUGCCAAUUACUAAGCCUUCUUACGUAAUUCGCAGAUUCAAGUGUCUUCAGGCGAUCCAGGGGCCAAAUGUCCAGUCUAUCUACACCUCCCCCUCCUCUCCAAAAAGGCCCAUUUGUAGACGAAAUUUGGUUUCCAGAGCCAACCAUACUUUAGGGAAAAAUGGGCGUGCACAUGGUCUGCUUCGGAUAGCCUUCUGCAAAUUCGAUUGGACAGUGCCCUCCGAUGCCUCCCGCCAGUUGGUUCAGGACCGAUCGAUGUCAGCGCGCAGACGCGACACACGCAUGGACACAGAUAGGGCGCUGAGUGGCGUUGCGUGAGAUCAAACGUUUUUCGGCACCCAUUCGCCGUCCACUUGCCUGCCUAUCGCGGUGCGUAUAUGCAUGCCUCUGUUAGGUAAAGGAACGUCUCGCGGCCGCCUCUAGCUACUAUACUCAGAAAGUUGUUGUUCUUGUUGAAGCGUAGAUAACAAGCCGUAUAUGCGUCUGCCAACAGGGCUGGAUAACUUACGAAUGGCCGUCUCAUUUUAACGAUAUAAUUAAGAUUAUGUGAUUAUGCUGCGUCAAACCGCACGUAUGAGAAGGACUGAGUAGUAUUUUUUAUUAUCAGCGAGUCGGCUUAAUAAAAAAAAUCGGUCAUGUAUGUUAAGGGUAACGGUGUGAAAGUGUUGGUUAUUAUAUUUGCCAGAAAGUUAGUCCUACUGAUGGUCUUCAUCAGCUAGAUUAGGUCUCCUGACUUGUUCUUCAUUUAAACGGUCAGUCAAAACUCUGUAGAUAGGACUACUUCUUACUACAUCCUCUAAUUCAUUUGAACGGCAGGCCACACGCGUGCGAAGGCAUUCCAUUACCCAUGACUGUUGCAGUUAUUUUGUUGAUGACUGUGACGAUGUUCAUAGUAGUCAUAAUAGUAGUAGUAGUAGUAGUAGAAGUAACAGUAAUAGAAGUCGUAGUAGUAGUAGUAGUAGUAGAAGUAGUAGUAGUAGUAGUUGUAACAGUAUUAGUGGUAGUUGUAGUAAUAGUAGCAUUAGUAGUAGUAAUAGUGAUGAUAAGGAUGAAGAUGACGACGACAAGGAUGACAAUGAUGGUGAUGAUGCUGAGGAUGAUGAUGCUGGUGGUGGUGGUGCUGGUGCUGGUGCUGGUGGUGGUGGUGGUGGUGGUGGUGGUGGUGGUGGUGGUGGCGGCGGUGGUGGCGGCGAUGAUGAUGAUGACGACGACGACGACGACGACGAUGAUGAUGAUGAUGAUGAUGAUGAUGAUGGUGGUGGUGAUGAUGAUGAUGAUGAUGAUGAUGAUGAUGAUGAUGAUGAUGAUGAUGAUGAUGAUGAUGAUGAUGAUGACGAUGAUGAUGAUGAUGAUGAUGAUGAUGAUGAUGAUGAUGAUGAUGAUGAUGAUGAUGAUGAUGAUGAUGAUGAUGAUGCUGCUGCUGAUGAUGAUGAUGAUGAUGAUGCUGAUGAUGAUGCUGAUGAUGAUGAUUAG